AUGAUCUUGCCGUUAACAUAUUCGGUCUCAUCAUGUCAAUUUUGGGCGAUAGAUUCGCAUGGUAUCUGGAUCCCAUCGGGGGCCAUCUGCAUUGCGCUCCCCAUCCUCUUCUCCUGGGUCGCAACCGCGUUCGACAACGUCUGGCUGCUGGUUGGCAAGACUGCGCCACGCGAGUUCGUAGAUAAAUGUAUUUACGUUGGCUCAACGCAUGACUGGAGGAUUCAAGAAGUGGACACUGUAAAAGAGAUCAGAGAAAAAACCCGUAAUCUCUCCUAUCCCAUCCAUCCGCGGCGCUCGUUCGCCCCGCUAAAACACCGACUACAUAGUGCCGAGCCUACCAUACCGGGGAAAAGUUCUGCGUAG